AAUGCGAGAGAUUCUAAGUAUUUUUCUUCUCGUUAUCCCGCUGGCUGUUGCCCAUGUUCUGAAUAGUCAGGUUCCAAUAAAACAAAAUACACUUGUAAAGCAUUCGAUAGAUACGCGAACUAAUGUUACUUAUUCGGAUUAUUAUACAGAGGAGGAUAAAUUUUUUCUUAGUUGGCUACAAAAUAUAUUAGGAUAUAGGCCACCCAUUGCGUCAACAACGCAGCCUCCAAUUAGUGAGCAGGAAAAAUGUCCACCUUGUCGUUGCGGGAUAACGAACAAGCAAAAUAGAAUUGUCGGGGGCAUAGAAACCCAAGUCAAUCAAUAUCCAUGGGUAGCACUUUUAAUGUACAGAAGACGAUUUUAUUGCGGCGCCACAGUGAUCAAUUCAAAGUAUCUAUUGACAGCAGCUCAUUGCAUAACUGGAUUUGACAGAAACCUAAUGUCCGUGCGUAUUCUGGAGCACGAUAGGAAUUUAACGGCCGAGGCGAUAACUCUGGACUUUCGAAUUACGGAAAUCAUCAAGCAUAAUGGCUACUCGACGGUAAAUUAUAAUAAUGAUAUAGCAUUGAUAAAAAUCGACGGCGAACUCAAUUUUGAUGAGAAAAUGAGACCGGCAUGUUUAGCGGAACCAGUGAAAACUUUCACCGGCGAAACGGGGAUUGUAACCGGUUGGGGGGCCAUCGUGGAAGGCGGACCAGUUUCUACUACUUUGCAAGAGGUCAGCGUGCCAAUUAUGUCAAACGCCGAGUGUCGAAGAUCCAAGUAUCCGGCUCGAAAAAUUACGGACAACAUGCUCUGCGCUGGUUAUAAGGAAGGGCAGAAGGAUUCCUGUCAGGGAGAUAGCGGCGGUCCUCUUCAUGUGGUUGCUGUAGGCUUGUAUCGAAUAAUCGGAAUCGUAUCUUGGGGCGAAGGAUGUGCUCAACCUGGUUAUCCUGGAGUGUAUACUCGAGUAAACCGUUAUAUAACCUGGAUUAUGAGCAACACAGCAGAUGCGUGUUACUGUUCCGAUGAAUCCACGUUACGUUUACGUUAA